AUGCUGGUGGUGGAGGUGGCCAAUGGCCUCUCCCUGGUGUGGGGGGCCGAGGCGGUGAAGGCGCUGCGGGAGCGCCUGGGCGUGGGGGGCCGCACGGUGGGCGCCCUGCCCCGCGGGCCCCGCCAGAACUCACGCCUGGGCCUCCCGCUGCUGCUGAUGCCGGAGGAGGCUCGUCUGCUGGCGGAGAUCGGAGCCGUGACCCUGGUCAGCGUCCCGCGCCCGGACCCCUUCAACCACAGGCUGGCCCUGGCAGCGUUCAAACGCCAGCAAGAGCAGGAUUUCCAGGAGCAAAGCGUCUUGGCGGCCGAGGCCCGUGAGAUCCGAAGGCAACGUCUGCGGGAAAAGAUCGCCCAGGGCCAGGCGGCCAAGAAGCUGAAGCUAGAACAGGAGGCAGGGGCCAGAGGGAGCCAGGAGACCCCUAAGAGUGAGGAGACCCUCCAGAACCAGUCCAGCACUAGCCAGACUUCCACAGAGAAUGAGGAAGCAGGUGCCUCCUCUUCCCAGCCAGGGCCUCCUGACGGGGUGACCCCCUUGCCCAGGUCUGCUCUGCUGGUCCAGCUGGCCACUGCCAGACCUCGGCCUGUCAAGGCAAAGCCCCUGGAUUGGCGUGUCCAGUCUAAAGACUGACCCCAUGCCGGCUGACCUGCCCACGAGCUACGGUACCGCAUCUACAAAGACCUCUGGGAGCGAGGCUUCUUCCUAAGUGCUGCUGGCAAGUUUGGGGGCGACUUCCUGGUCUAUCCUGGUGACCCGCUCCGUUUCCAUGCCCACUACAUCGCUCAGUGCUGGGCUGGCGAUGACGCCAUCCCCAUCCAGGACCUGGUCUCUUCUGGCCGCCUGGGCACCAGCGUCAAGAAGACCAUGCUUCUCUGCUCGCCGCAGCCGGAUGGUAAGGUGGUGUACACGUCCCUGCAGUGGGCCAACUUGCAGUGA